AUGACAACUUUGGGGGGAAACCAGAAGUCAAACAAGGAGAAAAAAGAAGUCUACAAGGUGAAACCAGAAGUCAGACAAGGUGAAAACCAGAAGUUAGACAAGGUGAAAAACCAGAAGUCAGACAGGGAGAAAACCAGUAAAUCAGAUAAGAAGAAAACCAAAGUCAGGCAAGGAAGAAAACCAGAAGUUAGACAAGGAGACAACCAGAAGUCAGACAAGGAGUUAAAACAGCAGUUAGACAAAGAGAAAACCAGAAGUCAGACAAGGAGAAAACCAGUAAUUAGACAAAGAAAAAACAGCAGUUACACAAGGAGAAAACCAGUAAUCAGACAAGGAGAAAACCAGAAGUCAGACAAGGAGAAAACCAGAAGUUACACAAGGAGAAAACAGCAGUCAGACAAGGAGAAAACAAGUAAUCAGACAAGGAGAAAACCAGAAGUCAGACAAGGAGAAAACCAUCAGACAAGGAGAAAACAGCAGUUAGACAAAGAGAAAAACCAGAAGUCAAAGACAAGGAGAAAAAAACCAGUAAUUAGACAAGAAAAAACAGCAGUUAGAACAAGGAGAAAACCAGUAAUCAGACAAGGAGAAAACCGGAAGUCAGACAAGGAGAAAACCAGAAGUCAGACAAGGAGAAAACAGCAGUCAGACAAGGAGAAAACCUGUAGUCAGACAAGGAGAAAACAGCAGUUAGACAAGGAGAAAACCAGUAAUCAGAACAAGGAGAAAACCAGAAACAAGGAGAAAACCAGUAAUCAGACAAGAAGAAAACAGCAGUUAGACAAGGUGAAAACCAGAAGUCAGGCAAGGAGAAAAACUGAAGUCAGACAAGGAGAAAACCAGAAGUCAGACAAGGAGAAAAUAGCAGUUAGACAAGGAGAAAACCAGAAGUCAGACAAGGAGAAAACCAGUAAUCAAACAAGAAGAAAACAGCAGUUAGACAAGGAGAAAACCAGUAGUCAGACAAGGAGAAAUCUAGAAGUCAGGUAA